CAGUCGGCAGUCACUCCUCUGGUGUCGGCGGAGCGCGGUCCCAGAGACGCAGGCGGGAUGUCUUCUCGACUCUCGUUCUCUCAGUACCGCUUAGAAGCGGAGGUCGACCGCUGCCGUUCGGAGUGUCAGUGGGAUAAAAUCCCCUCUUUAGUGGAGCAGCUUGCUGCCGCGCGCCUGCAUGACGAUGAUGAUUACAGGACACUGCUGCUGGCCGAAGCGCUGUUGGAGGAAUGUCUUCUGGAGAACAUGACCCUACUCAAGAAUUCUACUCCUCUGACUGAACAUUCACAGCUUAAACUGGCCCGAGCCAAAGCUCAACUUGACAACAUCCUUUGCAGGGGACACCUAGAGCCUCACUACCUGAAUGAAGCUCUGCUCCUGCUGGCUAAAGUGCACUAUGUGCAGGGACGCUACAGGGAUGCUCAGGGCAUGUGCGCCAGAGCGGGAGUUGAUGAUUUCACCCACCAGGACCAGCCUGUCUACCAACUACGAAUGUUGGCAGAAGCCUUUGUCAUCAAAGGCUUGUCUUUGGAUCAUCAGUCUACAUCAGGUGCUUCUCGUGUUAGGCUGUCUGAGAGAGAAGAAGAAUGCCAAACCUUUUAUCUCAUGGCCUGUGAUGCUGGCCUGCUGUACCUCCAAGAGCUUGACAAGACUGUUUGCACGCCAAGUUCCAAAACAGCUAAAAGCAGUUCAUCAGUCCCUCAUUUUGAUUUGGACCCAGGCUUUUUCCUGCAGGCCGCUCUUCAGAGUGCAUACCUGUCACUGUUGAGGAAAGGUCACUUGGCUCAGGGUACACACCAGCUGCGGCGAGUCUUGAGGGCUGUGGAGAGUCGGGGGUCUCAGAGUUUUCGCAAGACGGUCGCACGCAGGCUUGCAGAGGUGUUACUGGGUUCAGUGUGUGAGGACGCUUACUGGGGUCCACUUUCUCCCCCGCCACCUGGAUGGCUGAAGAAAGAAGGAGCCACACAUCCCAAGGAUGCCAUCUACCCUUCGUCCAGACCACCACAGCGCUACAGCACUGAGGGAGCUUUCUGUCCAAAGGACGUGGUUGAAGAGGCGGUGCUGGUUCUCCUCAUCACAGAAUCAAUGGCCAGUGGUGAGGCAGUGAUCAGCCGCACACCGGAGCACCGGGAGGCGAGAGAGAGCAGCAUGCAAGAUGCCUCCUCUGUUUAUGAUCUGCUGAGCAUCGGCAUGGGCAGGAGAGGGCAGUACUCCAUGCUGUCAGAGUGUUUGGAGCGGGCCAUGAAGUUCUCCUAUAAUGAGUUUCAUCUUUGGUAUCAGCUUGGCUUGUCAUUAAUGGCAAGUGGGAAGAAUGAGGAUGCAGUGGCAGUCCUUAAAGAGUGUGCGGCAAUGAGACCACAAGACCCCAUACCACCUCUGCUCGCAGCAAAAGUGUGCAUCAACCAUUUGCACUGGCUGGAGGAUGCGGUAUCCCUGUCAGCAGGUGUAGUUGCUUUAGGAGACUGUGCCGAGGAGUCCCUUGCUCGAGCUCAUCUGGCCAUAGGUCUGUGCCGUAGUCUGCAGGCCUCUGAUGCCACACUGAAAGCUGAUUGCGAUGAGUUCAACAGAAGAGCGCUGCAGUCACUAAGGAGAGCACAUGCACUGGACCCUCAAGAUCCUCAGAUUUCCUUCUACCUCUCUCUGCAGUUCGCUCUGGUCCGACAGUUGUCAGAAGCGAUGGAGCCAUUGCAGUUGGCUCUGAAUAUUCGUGGAGAUGAUCUGCACUCCCUGCAUCUUCUGGCUUUACUUCUGAGUGCCCAGAAACACUACCAACAUUCUCUUGAUACGCUUAAACUUGCCCUUAACCAGCACCCGGACAACUUCAAUCUUCUCUUUACCAAAGUGAAGCUGGAGCAGGUUUUGUUUGGUCCUGGUGCAGCUUUACAGACCUGUGCAGAAAUGCUGCAGUUGUGGCAAAGCCGCUAUGAUUUUACCCGACCCAGUGAAGAAGAUGACUCUAAUAGUAUACCUCCUGAACCAGGCCCACUCAGCAGAAAACCCAGCGGCCUCCAUCUCACCCUUCCAGACUUCCAGGAGACAGAGACUGGUGUGCAUAAUGAGUGGUCUCAGAGUGCACCAUCUCUAGCUGUGUCUCGUCUGGAACAGGCCAUGUCAGAGGUAUCGGCCCUCAGCUCUGCCCAUAAGCAUGGACCUGCCUACAUUUGGACCACUCUGGAAAGGAUUUGGCUCCAGGCAGGGGAGUUGUUCAUUGCUGAUGGGCGGAUGAAGGAAGCUCAGUUCUGUGUACAGGAAGCAGGAACACUCUUUCCCACCUCACAUUCAGUGCUUUUGCUCAAAGGCUGCGUGGCCGAGCUCAAGGGCAAUGACGCAGAGGCCAAGAGCCUGUACGAUGAGGCUCUCGCCAUCAACCCUAGAGGACACCAUAUAUUGCUGCAUCUGGGGAAGUUGUUGGUUCGCACAGGACGUGUAGGUCUUGGGGAGAAGAUGCUGAGGGAUGCGAUACAGGUCCAGAACACUGCACAUGAGGCCUGGAGUGGCUUAGGGGAGGCACUGCAAAGCAUAGGCAGUCCACAAGCUCCAGACUGUUUCCUCACUGCGCUGGAGCUAGAGUCUAGCUGCCCUAUACGACCCUUCACCAUCAUCCCACGAGAACUAUGACACAUAUGUAUAUGAACAUAUAUGCUGUUUUUCAACUACUGUAAAGACAUAUACUGUAUAGAAAAACCAAUAACGCACUUAAAAAACUAAAGGCAAUCACAUUUCAUACAUCAAAAAAUGAUGUACUGUGAGUAUUGUGGCAAAGAAUGAAACACAGAAAGUAACUUUAAAACCAAGCACCCUUUUGUUGGUUAUAUGUGAAACUGACGUGAUAUCUUCAUGAUCAUUGUUUCCCUUACAUGCAGUUAUGUAAAUUCCUUUUAAAAUUAUAGCAAAAUUUGAUCUGGCCAAUUUACACAAAGAAUGUACAGAUAACUAUAUUAAUGUCCACACUGCUUGAAUGAUUUAUGUUUAUAAAUGCUUACCUUGAUUACAAACAUGCUGCUUUAAAAUCUUGCAUUCUUUGUUCUAAGUGGA